AUGGCGAAUAUUCCUAGGACGCACGAAGAUAUUGAAGCGCGUAUAAAAGAAAUCCAAGCUAAGAAAAAGGAAUUGUCUAAUGAUGAAAAUGGUAUUAAUGACAAAAGUAGAAUUGGAUUAGGAGAAAGCGGGUAUUUUGAUCAAGAAAUAUACGAUAGAGGUGGUAGUAAAUUUGACGGUUAUGUCACAUCUAUAGCUGCUAAUGAUGAAGUUGAUGAUGAUGAUUAUGAAUUAACCACUUUUACACAAAAAAAACCUGAAUACAAUGCACCAGUUGCAUUGCUUAAUGAUAUAGCUGUUAGUGAAAAAGACUAUGAUCCAUUUGCUGAAACUAGGAGACCUACAAUUGCUGAAAAAGAAGAUGAAUACAGACAGAAAAGGAGAAGGAUGAUUAUUUCACCUGAUCGUAUUGAUCCAUUUGCUGAAGGAGGUAAAACUCCAGAUGUAGGAUCCAGGUCAUAUACUGAAAUUAUGAAAGAACAAAUGCUUCGUGGCGAAGAAUCAGAAGUUCGCAAAAAAAUCGCUGAGAAAUCUAAAGAUGGUACUUUAAAAAUCACAAAUGGUGAUACAAAUAACAAAGUUGUGGCGGGAAUGAAAAAACGUGGUCGAUGGGAUCAAGUACAAGAUGUUGAAGUAGCCCCUUCAAAGAAAAAAAUAACUGCAACCUUUUUUGAUAAAGACGACGCUACACCAGCUCAUGCUAAGUGGGAUGAAACUCCUGGUCACCCUAAAGGGAGUGAAACUCCCGGUGCCACACCUGGUCAAAGUACUAGAAUGUGGGACGCAACCCCUGGUCAUGCCACACCCGGUGCUGCUACUCCAGGGAGAGAAACUCCGGGACAUGAAAAGGGAGCUUCAAGCCGAAGAAAUAGGUGGGACGAAACACCAAAAACGGAAAGAGAAACACCUGGACACAAUUCGGGUUGGGCUGAAACUCCUCGGACAGAUCGUACAGGAACAACAGGAGAAUUAAUUGAAGAAACACCUACACCGUCUGCCAGUAAAAGAAGGUCUCGUUGGGAUGAAACUCCUGGAGCUCAGUUAACUCCUUCACUUACUACACCAGGUGGUUUAGCAACUCCUGCUGGUCUAACUCCUCAAACUCCUGGAACUCCUAUUACACCUCACGGAGCGACACCAUCUAUGAUGACUCCAGGCACUGCAACACCUACAGGAGCAAAAGCUAUGGCUAUGGCCACUCCGACUCCAGGACACUUGGCAGCUAUGACUCCUGAACAGAUUCAAGCUUACAGAUGGGAGCGGGAAAUAGAUGAGCGAAAUCGUCCUUACAGUGAUGACGAAUUGGACUCAAUGUUUCCGCCCGGAUAUAAAGUUCUUCAGCCUCCGGCUGGGUAUAUACCCAUAAGAACCCCAGCAAGAAAGCUUACAGCUACUCCAACUCCUUUAGGAGGUACAACCACGGGUUUUUUUAUCCAACAGGAAGAUAAAAUGGCCAAAUAUAUGGAUAACCAACCAAAAGGAAACUUACCUUUUAUGAAACCAGAAGAUGCCCAAUAUUUCGAUAAACUUCUUGUGGAUGUUGACGAAGAAACUUUAUCUCCGGACGAACAAAAAGAAAGGAAAAUAAUGAAGCUACUUUUAAAAAUAAAAAAUGGUACUCCUCCAAUGAGAAAGGCUGCUCUUAGACAAAUCACAGACAAAGCAAGGGAAUUCGGUGCCGGGCCUUUAUUUAAUCAAAUAUUGCCUUUGCUUAUGAGUCCCACUCUCGAAGAUCAAGAACGUCAUUUGCUGGUGAAAGUUAUUGAUAGGAUUUUGUACAAGUUGGACGACUUAGUUAGGCCUUACGUUCAUAAAAUACUCGUAGUAAUAGAACCACUACUUAUUGAUGAAGAUUACUAUGCUCGUGUAGAAGGUCGUGAAAUAAUUUCGAAUUUAGCCAAAGCAGCCGGAUUGGCAACAAUGAUUUCAACUAUGCGUCCGGAUAUUGAUAACAUAGAUGAAUACGUUCGAAACACUACUGCACGUGCAUUUGCUGUUGUUGCAUCCGCUUUAGGAAUUCCUAGUUUAUUACCUUUCUUAAAGGCGGUUUGCAGAUCUAAAAAAUCAUGGCAAGCUCGUCAUACAGGAAUAAAAAUUGUUCAACAAAUAGCUAUUUUAAUGGGCUGCGCUAUUUUACCUCAUUUAAAGUCACUUGUUGAAAUCAUAGAACAUGGAUUGGUAGACGAACAGCAAAAAGUAAAAACUAUUACUGCUUUAGCGAUAGCUGCAUUGGCUGAAGCUGCCACGCCUUACGGUAUAGAAAGUUUCGAUUCCGUUUUGAAACCUCUUUGGAGAGGUAUCCGAACCCAUAGAGGAAAAGGUUUGGCGGCUUUCCUUAAAGCAAUCGGGUACUUAAUUCCAUUGAUGGAUGCCGAAUAUGCUAACUAUUAUACUCGGGAAGUAAUGCUUAUUUUGAUUCGUGAGUUUCAAUCUCCCGAUGAAGAAAUGAAAAAAAUCGUUUUAAAAGUCGUUAAACAAUGUUGCGGAACGGAUGGUGUAGAAGCACAGUACAUCAAAGACGAAAUUCUACCUCACUUUUUCAAACAUUUUUGGAAUCAUCGUAUGGCUUUAGAUCGAAGAAAUUACAGACAACUUGUUGACACGACAGUAGAAAUAGCUAAUAAAGUUGGAUCUUCAGAAAUGAUAAAUCGCGUAGUGGAUGAUUUGAAAGAUGAAAAUGAGCAAUACAGAAAAAUGGUUAUGGAAACAAUAGAAAAAAUUAUGAGCAAUCUAGGGGCUGCCGAUAUCGAUUCAAGAUUAGAAGAGCAGUUAAUUGAUGGAAUUCUGUAUGCUUUCCAAGAGCAAACCACGGAAGAUGUAGUCAUGUUAAACGGCUUUGGCACGAUAGUGAAUCAACUUGGUAAAAGAGUUAAACCAUACUUACCUCAAAUAUGUGGAACAAUUUUAUGGAGAUUAAAUAAUAAAAGCGCCAAAGUAAGACAGCAAGCGGCCGACCUUAUUUCGCGGAUAGCGGUUGUAAUGAAAACUUGUCAAGAAGAAAAACUAAUGGGUCACUUGGGUGUCGUUUUAUACGAAUAUCUGGGAGAAGAAUAUCCAGAAGUUUUGGGGUCUAUUCUUGGAGCGUUAAAAGCAAUUGUAAACGUCAUAGGGAUGACCAAAAUGACACCACCCAUAAAAGAUUUACUUCCGAGAUUGACACCAAUAUUGAAAAAUCGUCACGAAAAAGUACAGGAAAAUUGUAUAGAUUUAGUUGGAAGAAUAGCUGACAGAGGCCCUGAAUAUGUUUCUGCUAGAGAAUGGAUGAGAAUUUGCUUCGAGUUGUUGGAACUUCUUAAAGCUCACAAAAAAGCAAUUAGAAGAGCUACUGUCAAUACUUUUGGAUACAUUGCCAAAGCCAUUGGACCUCACGAUGUACUGGCAACUUUGUUAAAUAAUUUAAAGGUUCAGGAAAGACAAAAUCGAGUAUGCACGACCGUUGCUAUAGCCAUUGUUGCGGAAACUUGCUCUCCGUUUACCGUUUUGCCAGCUUUAAUGAAUGAGUAUAGAGUUCCAGAAUUAAAUGUUCAAAAUGGAGUAUUAAAAUCCUUGUCCUUUUUAUUCGAGUACAUAGGAGAAAUGGGAAAAGAUUAUAUAUAUGCAGUAUGCCCACUUCUGGAAGAUGCUUUGAUGGAUAGAGAUUUGGUUCAUCGACAAACGGCUUGUGCUGCCAUAAAACACAUGGCUCUAGGAGUUUAUGGUUUUGGAUGCGAAGAUGCUCUCAUUCAUUUAUUAAAUCACGUUUGGCCAAAUAUAUUUGAAACAAGCCCUCAUUUGGUGCAAGCAUUUAUGGAUGCCAUCGAAGGUUUACGAGUUGCUUUAGGCUCUAUAAAAAUACUGCAAUAUUCAUUACAGGGACUGUUUCAUCCCGCUCGUAAAGUGAGAGAUGUUUAUUGGAAAAUUUAUAAUUCUCUUUAUAUCGGAGGUCAGGAUGCUUUAGUGGCUGGGUAUCCUAGAAUACAUAAUGAUCCAAAAAAUCAAUAUAUUCGAUAUGAAUUAGAUUACAUUCUUUAA